UGAGCACCCAUCGAGUCCAUGAAAGAUUUUGUCUCUCUGGGCAAAAACCUCGCAAGGCUGUCCACGACUCCCUUGGAAUCUCAUCUCGCUCAACCAAGUGCCUUUUCACUGUAACAAAUCGUCUCAAAUAACGUAAAACUUUGGUGAAACUGCUUUUCCACAAUGGAUCUCUACAGGUGCCCGGCAUAUGCUUCCUUCUUCGGCGCCCUAGGAUGCGCCUGCGCAAUCGUCUUCACCGUCAUGGGCGCGUCAUACGGUACGGCCAAGUCGGCCGGCGCCAUCUUCUCAUGCGGCGUGAUGCGCCCGGAACGCAUGAUGCAGAACACGCUGUGCGCCAUCAUGGCCCAGAUCCUGUCCAUCUACGGCCUUGUCGCCUCCGUCAUCAUCACCAACAACCUAGAUGAAAAGAUCGCCCUGCACACGGGCUUCAUGAUGCUCGGAGCUGGCCUGUCCGUGGGUCUCUGCGGCCUCGCUUCGGGCUUUGCUAUCGGUGUCGUGGGGGAUGCUGGAGUCCGAGCGAGCAAUUUACAGCCACGCCUGUAUGUCGGUAUGGUGCUGAUUCUAAUCUUUGCCGAGGUGUUGGGCCUUUACGGUGUCAUUGUAUCUAUCCUGAUGCUCACAAAGGCCAGCGGUGGUGAUGUUACAGUAUGUUCAGUAUAGCAGUAGCCGCUGCAGGUAUCACAAGGCCUGAUCGAUCGGCCUGAAAGGUAUUCAGGGUUGUGGCGUUGUAAUACCUGGCGUUCAUGUCAUGAGAACGAAAAUUUCUUUUGAUGACUACUUCAAAUAUUGAUCAUCGUAUAUUUGGGGGGUAUCUACCACUGGCGCAAUCAAGGCAAGACAAGCAUCCCUUGAAGUGGGUGCAGAUCGCCCGCAUGUAAAUCAGGAUAUAAUUUUACUUCGUCUAGCGUUCAAGCUCAGAUAAAUGAGCCGUUACCAAUACUAUAAUGCCCAUUCGGAC